AAUCAUACCUAUUGGCUAUUAUAUCAAUUGACAAUUGUCAAUUAUAGGAAUGAGUAAGGUUAGAGCAAUAUAGGUAGAUGUAGGUCCUUAUUAUAGUGCCUUUGUAAUAGUUAUAGUCUUGGACUUAUAUUUAUCUAUGGUCUUAGAUUUUACAUGUCUAAUUGUCUGCCCACGAUUUAAGAUUUCUUAAAUCGUGUGUACUAUAUAGGUAUGUUUACCACAGUUUCUACCAAGUCAAACAUCAAGUUAUCACAAUAUAAUCGCUGAUUACAGUACGUUUUGUUAAAUUAUUCAUCUAUAAUUCUCUAACUAUUGUUUAUAAUUUUUACUAUUAAUAUUUCAUAUUAAAUAUUAAUACAAUUUGYAUUAUUUAUCCUGACGGAGUUUGGAUCCACAUUUUGAAAAGACUUUUUUUCAGAAUAAUGUUGGAUAUUACCAGUUGCUGUAAUUCUUUAUUCAAAAUUAUCUUCAAGUUUUUAGAAAAUAAAACGCAACUUAGAAAUGUCGUCAUCUCAAGAUUCAAGUAAUGACGAUCCAUCCACAUGCGAGAUUGUCGAUUUUGGUAUCUACUAUUUGGACAUAGUGCAAUGUCCAUUAGAUCCAAACCACAAACUUCGCCGUCACAGGUUGCCAUAUCAUCUUAAAAAGUGCAAAAAGUCGUUUCCGAACAAAGUUCAAUGCCCUUAUGGYCAUUACUAUUAUGUAGAAAAAUAUGAAAUGGCAAAUCAUUUACAAACAUGCGCUUAUAAGCCAAAGACAGCUCAAUUUGAAGAAAUGCAACCAUACAAAGUACAAGCUCAAAAUGAUAGAAAUGAUAAUAUUGUCUACAACUAUGAUGCUGAUAACUACGCAAUUGAUGAACCCUAUUGGGAUUAAUUAUUAAUUUUGUUAAUCCAUUACUUUAAAUAAAGUUUAAAUUUAACUGAUAUCACUUUUUAUUUAACACCAUUAAAGACURUUGCGUGUUAUAUAAAUCAAAGAUAUUUUUAAUGUGUUAAGGUAAAAGUAAAAGCCUAUAGUUUUAAUGAAAUAUUAAUUUCUUUUUAUUUUAUCAUUUUUAUGUUAAUAUAAUUCAAGGGAUCAAAUAUUUUUGUUUUUGAAAGUUUAAUCAUUAACAUUAACUACUAAAAAUGAAUAUAAAUUCAAUUAGAAUAUUUUUACUUAAAAAUAUACUCUUACUUAAUAAGGUUGUAUACGAUACAAGCUAUGCAGCUAUAUUUAUUGUGUA